AUGGCUGGCAACCAGCGCGCUAUCCGACGCUUGCGAACCCAGUGCGAGCGUGCCAAGCGAACGCUCUCCUCUUCCACGCAGGCCACCAUUGAGAUCGACUCCCUGUUCGAGGGUAUCGAUUACUCCUGCUCCCUGUCUCGUGCGCGUUUCGAGGAGCUGUGCAUGGACUACUUCCGCAACUCCAUGGGUCCAGUGGAGAAGUGCUUGAAGGACUCGGGCAUUGACAAGAAGAGCGUGCACGAUGUGGUGCUGGUGGGUGGCUCCACCCGAAUCCCUAAGGUGCAGUCCAUGAUCCAGGAGUUCUUCAACGGCAAGGAGCCGAACAGGUCCAUCAACCCUGACGAGGCCGUGGCCUACGGUGCCGCGGUGCAGGCUGCCAUCUUGACCGGAGAGGGCUCCUCUCAGGUGCAGGACCUGUUGCUGCUGGACGUGACGCCCUUGUCCAUGGGUUUGGAGACCGCUGGCGGUGUAAUGACCAAACUCAUCGAGCGCAACACCACCAUCCCAACUAAGAAGGCUCAGACCUUCACCACCUACGCGGACAACCAGCCGGGAGUGUUGAUCCAGGUGUUCGAGGGUGAGCGCGCCAUGACCAAGGACAACAACCUCCUUGGCAAGUUCCACUUGGACGGCAUCCCGCCAGCUCCGCGUGGCGUGCCCCAGAUCGAGGUCACGUACGACAUCGAUGCCAAUGGCAUUCUGAACGUCAGCGCUUCGGACAAGUCCACAGGCAAGUCCAACCAGAUUACCAUUACCAACGAGAAGGGUCGCCUGUCGCAGUCGGAGAUCGACCGCAUGGUUCAGGAAGCGGAGAAGUUCCGCGCCGAAGAUGAGGCUAACAAGCUGAAGAUUGAGGCAAAGAACGGUUUGGAGAACUACUGCUUCACCAUGCGCAACACCCUGAACGAGGAGAAGCUGAAGGACAAGUUCGAGGGUGGAGACAAGGAGAAGAUCGAGUCCGCUGUGCAGGAGACCUUGGACUGGCUGGACAAGAACCAGCUGGCCGAGAAGGACGAGUUCGAGGCCAAGCAGAAGGAGCUCGAGGGCAUCGUGAACCCCAUCAUGAUGAAGGUCUACCAGGCCGCGGGUGGCGGCGGCAUGCCCGAGGGUGGCAUGCCUGGCGGCGGCAUGGGAGGUGCUCCCGGCGGCGCCAGCGGCCCCACCGUUGAGGAGGUUGACUAG